AUGUCCCGUUGCGUGCAACAGCGCGAUACAUAUUAUGUACGGGCAAAAGGAAUAGUAGAUAGCUUUUUGAACGAUCUUAACAAGUUAGAUGCAGGCGUCAUAAAGAUGUUGAAGUUGUGGCUCGGGCUCGCUCUAACGGCUGAUUCAUCGGCGUUAUUUAGGGGAAGCAAUAGUUUUGGGAUGAGUCUAAAAAGGCCAUCGGAGCUCUAUAAACACCUAAGAGUUUCCAAGAGAUAUAUCCUGGGGAAAUCCCAUGAUGACAUAGUGACAUCGCUCCCAAAAGAUGAAGAUGCCCCCGAAAUGAUAAAUAUAAGAUCCAUGCAAUGA